AUGAUUUGUCACGUGAAAUUUAUCUUAGCAUGGAUUUUACUUUUACCUCGACUCUCAGAUGGCGGAAGUGUCACAUGGUUUGAACCUUCUCCGGUUACGACAGUUUCAGAUCCAAACGAAGUGCUUCCCACUAUCACUUUAAAGCUUCAUGACGGAUCUCCUGCAACACUGAAAUGGAGCUACAAUUAUACGGCAGCUUCAAUAAUUCUGGUUUUCUUAAAAUUCGAUGGUGUUGGUAUAAUAGUCAACUAUCAAAAUGGACAAACUGGUGUUGUCAGCGAUCAAUUUAAGGAACGGUUCAGUGUAAGCUUCACUCCACAAAGUGCUUCUCUGUUUAUCUCUCCCGUGACUGCUGCUGACGAUAAGGCUGACGGAACAUUUACCUGUGAGUUAGUUACUUCCAAUGCUGAUGUUUGGGUCCGCGCAAUUCAGGUGCAAGUGCUAGUUCCAAUAAAUAUCACUGAGAUUAGAGGUGAACCAACUGUUCUUGAAGGUGACAACUUGCAGUUAACUUGUGAAGCUUCAGGUCGACCAGAACCAAACAUCACUUGGACCAAAGAGAAGCCUGGGAACCAAGGAAAUACUGUUGUGGUGCAAGAAGGAAAGUUGUUGACUAUAACAGGCAUCAAAAGGACUGAUGCAGGAGAUUAUACCUGUACAGCAUACAAUGGCUUUGGUAAACCAGAGAAUCGAACAGUUUAUGUGAAUGUUACUUAUCCACCAAAGAUUGUUGAUUUUCAACCUGAGUAUAUGGUUGGUGUAAAACAAGGUGUAACUCUCAACUGUGAAGCAGAAGGGAACCCUCCACCUACUUACACUUGGACUCCAUGUGACCCAGAACAAGUCUGUGACAAGAAUACUCUUCGUAUUUCACAAGUCCUUAAUGAUACCAGCUAUACCUGCAGAGUGGCCAAUGUAUAUGGAAAUGAUUCAAAAACUGCCACUGUUUACAUUGGAGGAAAUGUGAUCAACAUAACUAUUGUCAUCACAAGUGAAACAUGCAUAGAUGGAAAAUACAACCAGUCCUUAUUACUGGAGAAAUUUAAAGAACUGCUUGAGAAGGCUUUUGCUGGUAAACCUGGCUACAAAGGACUGCAGUUGAUAAGUGUGAGGUGUGGAAGUAUCAUUGUUGACCUUGCACUGAAAUUCAACUCCACUACAAAGCAACAAGAUGUUAUUAUAACACUUAAUGAUGCUAUGGAAGAUGGAAAGCUGGGAGAGUUCAGUGUUGGUGCCAUAAAAGGGAAAAGACCUGAUGUAGAACCAACAGGUAGAGGUGCUACAUCACCACUUGACAGGUCCUAUGGGGAGCUUCCAAGUGGGACAAACACAGGUACCAUAGGAAUUGUUGUUGGUGCAGUGUUUGGAUCAGUUGCUGCACUGGCCAUUGCUGGAAUAUUAGUUUGGUGGACUUGUAGGAAAAAGAGGCACAACAGGAAAGGCACUGAAGAGGUGGUGAUGAGCGGAAGAACAUUUGGAAAUUCAAGUAAUGAAACAGGAGGAAGUACUAAUAUUGCAGUCGAAUUGCCUAAACCUUCUCAAAGCCAUUACAUGGCGCUGGAUGACAAAACUCGUUCACGAGUGAUAGCAGAUGCCAGUCCACUUAGCACUGAACAAAUCAGCGAGUACGCUUCUCUUAAUCUGUACACACGCUCCUGGGAGAUUCCUAGAGAACAUGUAACGAUAAAGCUGAUCGUUGGAAAAGGUGCUUUUGGUCAGGUCGCCAAGGCAACAGCCGUCAAUCUACAAGGAACAGCCGAGAAGACGCUCGUUGCAGUCAAAAUGUUGAAAGAAAACGCUUCUGAAUCAGAGAGAAAGGAUUUGCUGUCUGAGCUUGAAUUGAUGAAACAACUUAAACCUCAUCCUAACGUUAUCAAACUUUUGGGAUGCGUUACCAAGUCUGAGCCAAUGUUUGUGCUGAUCGAAUAUGCUCCUUUUGGGGAUCUGCUGGGUUAUCUGAGAAGGAGCCGUGGAUUGAAUGAUACUUACUACAAAAACCCGGAUAUCAAACCACAAACAAAUCUGACCUCACAACAGCUGAUUAAAUUUGCUUGGCAAAUCGCUGACGGAAUGUCCUAUUUGUCAUCGAUACCAGUUAUUCAUAGAGAUCUUGCAGCUCGUAAUGUGUUGGUUGGAGAGGGGGAAACGUGCAAAGUGACGGACUUUGGAAUGGCCAGAGAUGUGCAGGAGGACAACAUUUACGAAAGAAAAACCAGGGGGCGUCUCCCUGUAAAAUGGACUGCCAUUGAGGCGUUGCUUUACGGAAAAUAUUCUACGAGGAGUGAUGUGUGGAGCUACGGAGUUCUCCUCUAUGAGAUUUUCACGAUUGGUGGUUCACCGUAUCCAAGGAUGGAUGGAAGAAAAAUUGCAAACUUACUUCAAGAGGGAUACAGAAUGCCUAAACCACAACAUGUGGAUGAUAAGUUGUAUGACAUAAUGACAAAAUGUUGGAAAGACGACCCUAAUUUGAGACCAUCUUUUGAGAAGUUGAGAGACAAACUCAAAGAAAUGGAAAACCGGCAUAAGGGGCUGAUAAACUUAAAAAAUUACGAUGAUCGACUCUACGUAAAUGUCAACGAUCUUGCCGUCUGA